AUAACCCUCGUGCGGCACACGGAGCCGGCCAUAUUGCUGUGAAUGAGUGCGUGAAAACAUAGGGCUAAAGCGUAGCCAUAAAGAAAUCUUCCAACAUCGUCUAGUUGCGAAGAGUUAAACCGUGAUUGUUCAUCAUGGAAAACGUAUAUGGAAUCGGUACGGCCAAUAGGUAUAGCCUUUUUCUGGACAACGAGACGGAUCCGCUGGAAACUCUCCAGAUAAAGGAGCAGGAGAAGGAGCUGAAAAGGAAAACCAAAGUGGUCGAAAAGGAAAACAAGGGGAAGCCGGAGGCGCCUGCCAAGGGUAAACCCACGCAGCCACCGAAGAAGAUCAUCAAGGACGUGCCCCACAAGGCCCAGGACAACAAGCGUGAAGACGGCAAGCUCAAUCAUCAACGAUCCACUGACAACAAAACUGAAAAGACAUUUAAUAAAUUCAACAAUGAGAACCGAGAGGAGAGGAACAAUAGACGCAACCGCGAGGACAGGCCUUUCAAUGGAAAUUUCGAAAACAAUCGUGAGGACAGACCAAGAAGGGAGGGCGACUUCGACAAUAGGAGAGGACGCGCUGUAGGUAGCAAAACCGCCGGUCGUGGCGGCGUUGCGCCGAGACGAGGCAAGCGUGAAUUCGAGAGGCAAAGCGGAUCUGAUAAAACAGGAGUCAAACCAAUUGAUAAGAGAGAUGGUGGUGGUGCCCACAACUGGGGAUCUCAUAAGGACGUCAUUGAGGAAGCUGAUGCUAACAAAUCUACUGAAACCGAACAAGUCUGGAGCGAAAAUGAAAAGGCCGAAACAUCCAUCAAUGCUGAACAAAAGGAAACUGAAAACGAAACUGAGAAUGUACCUGUUGAGGAAGAACCAAAAGAAUUGACUCUGGAUGAAUGGAAAGCACAGCGUGCUGGACGUCAAAAGCCUACAUACAAUUUGCGCAAGGCCGGCGAGGGUGAGGAUCCUAGCCAAUGGAAGAAGAUGUAUGAACUCAGCAAGAAGAAGGAUGGCGAAGAAGAGGAAACUGAUGACGAAGAAUAUGAUACAUCUGAAUACCCGCAACGCGUGGGCAGACAAAAGCGCGUGGUUGGCAUCGACUUUCACUUUAGCGACAGCAGACGGGGUGGAGCUGGACGCGGCCGUGGAGCUCGCGCUGGUCGUGGAGCUCGCAACAACAGG